GCACGCAUGCGCACAUAAACACACACACACACCCAUUGGCUGUAUAUGGUGGUGUUUCCUGUUUAAUGUGCUAUAAGGAACAGCUCACUGCUUUACUUUAUCACAAUAACUGAAGCUGCACAGUGGAACAUCACUUCUCCUCCGAGAUGGCUGAGUCUUCCAAAAAACCAAAGAAAAGCAAAGAAGAAAGGGCAAAGGAAUUCCUCAGUAAUUCAGCUUUCGCAAGAAAUGCAUUCCUCCUCUUUAACAAAGCCACUGAUAUAGUCAGUGCCCAGGAACAGGGAGACUUACAGAGUGCCAAACAGAUACUGGAACAGAUGCUACACAGCAUCCUGUUCUUAGGUCACAUCCAUGUUCCAGUCUACCGCCCAGAACACAUCUUUUCUGAUAUGGAGAUGUUACAGAGAACCAUGAAUGUUUCCCCAAAGCCAUUUGAAUGUUUCCAAACCCACGUGGCUCUGCGAACACCUUUCUCCUACUUUCUGCAACUGCUCACAGUGUGUUACAGCGAAAGUCAGGAAUUCACAGUGAUGGAAAUUCAGAUACCCACUGAUUUCCAGUGUACUGUGUGUCUGAGUGUAUAAUAACCACAGAUACUAUGGUGUGUCUCUGUCCUGUGAGAGUGACAGAGAGAGAGAUCAUGACAUCUGUGUCUUGUCUGGAUGUGUGGCAUCACAAAGUCUCCUCUGCUGUGAUGUGUACAGUGAGGUGUGAAGUGUUUGCUGUGGAGGACAUGAACCAGGUCUACAUAAACCUGGUAACUGUGCUGAGACUGAGGCCAUCAGUAAUCUCCUGUAAGACCAAGAUGUGUCUGAGCAGACCACCUUCACUGGAGGGGUUUAUAGUGACCAGGAGAUUAAAGAAAGUAUGACAGCUUGUUUUAAUCAACACAUGAAAAAGUAAGAUAAUUAUAAUACCCUGGCUGUCUAUAGUUAGUGUCUCUAAGCUCUAAGAUUUUUUUCUAAGAAAAUUUGAAUAUAACAUUGACAUUAACACGAGUAACAAACAUUAAGUAUAAAAAGGCAAAUAAUUAGAUUAUCCUGGUUGUCUUUGAUUAGUGUCUAUAUUUUUUUGUGUUGUGCCUUGCCUUAAUCCCCCACCCCACCUGCCCGCCCCCCCCCCGUGUUACUGGCUGCCUCUGCCUGCCUCGCCGUGUUCCUCGCUCAUCCUGCCUGCCUCGCCAUGUUCCUCGCUCAUCCCGCCUACUUCGCCAUGUUCCUCGCUCGUUUCUAGGCUCGUUGCUCCCUGUUUUUAACCUGGAUCAUUCCUUGUUUGGACUUUUAAAUGUGUCUCUGGCUGGGCACGUCGGGAGCCGCGCCUUAUGGGGGAGUAUCGUCAGGAAUUGGCCUGAAUGGACACUAGGGGUACACUGUUGCCUUUGUGUCUGUGCCAUGUGCUUUUGUUUGUUUUAUGCAUCACAUGUUAGCCCCGCCCUUUCCUUAAUGUUCCUGCUUCUGCACACCCGUUCCUUGUUAUACUUACGAUCACCACUAUUUAUGCCGUGUUUCUUACCUCUGCUUUUCACAGAGUCCUUGUAUUUUGGUUUGCUGUCUCUGUUUGUUGUAUCUGUGUACCUGCUUUUUCUGUUUCCAGUCUUCUAGUGUUUUUUGCCCUUUGUUAUUUUUCCCUAAAUAAACCUAAAUGUUAUCCUGCAUUUGGGUCUGUACUUUUAUAUCUAUAAUAUAAUUAUAUAAUUAGUCAUAUCUGAAGCUCUAAGAUCCUGUAGGGUUGAUUCUGAAUCUGUAUUAUCCUGUCUGUAUGAGCUAUAUUUUGCCAGUAAAUAAAUAAAAACAAAACAUGAUUGA